UAUAUCGAUGUUCGUUUGUUUUCUUCUUUUCGGAAACAAUUGCACUUGCAAUUGUUUCAAAUUGUUCUCAAAUUUGCUCUUGUAAAUACACUUCGUUAGCAGAGUUUUUAAAUACCUUUUCAAUUGAAUAAUAGAAAUUUAGAUAAAAUCUCAUACUUCCUUGGAAGUGAAUUUCUUCAUUAUGGCUACAUUCUUAUCAAGACGAUCAUCGGACGAUCCAAUGGGUUCGGAAACUUUUGCUUCGCUUUGGUUGUCACUUCAAAAUAGUUACGAAGGGACCAAUAUUACAAGAACGGUAGCAAGACUUUUACACAUGUACCAACCGGAAGAUGGUCUCGAGGCUUAUGAACGUCUUCUUCAAACUCUCUACGUUCUUUUGGGCGAUUUUGAUUCCCGAGGAUUUAAACUUUUAGUUUCGAUUAUUCCUCCACCGAAGGAGAUUCCUGAAGAUAUAAUUGAAGAAAUCUUUGAAAAAGCCGUGGGAUUUACUAGAAUGACCACUUUACCCGAUAGCAGAUUUCUUGAUUUUGGAACCGACGAUGAAGAUACAACUAGUCAAACAAUUAAUUUGGAGGAAAAUCCAAUUACCGAAGAGACGAUUGAAAAUUUACAAACUGAUUUCGACAGUAAAAGUGAAAUUUCAGAACAAAUUGACGAAUCUCCAGAGUCUUCAGGUGCAUCGUCAGACUAUAGAAUGAAAUGGAUAUCGACACCUUAUACACUGAGGAAAAAUGCCAUUUGCCAAUCAACUAAUUUAAUUGAGGAAAAUUUCAAAGAGACAGACAAUCAAAAUAUUGAGGACGACGAGGAUGAUUUCUGUAAAAUUGAGGAUAGUUCCGGUGUUUUCAAGAAACCAGAAUUAGUUGAUGUGCCAAAAAAACGACAUUCGAGGAGAACAAGAAAGAAGAGUCCGGAAAUGAAUACAAUUAAUUCGAAGAACAAGGAACAAAUGUCACAAGAAAGGCAAAAAAAAUUCACCACUCUUCAGAAUGUAAUCGAUGAACCAUCGAGAAAUAAUAAACAAUCGGAAAAAAAUUUGAGAAGAAAAUUGCGUCAUUUACAGAGAGCAAUUCAAGAAGACAUCGACAAAAUGGACAUUGUGCAAGCAAAUAGUGCAGAAAGCGAAAUUGUUCCAAUACGAAAAAAGAAGCAAAAAUUUCUACAGACCACCGACUUUGAUAUCAAUAAUAAUUUGAGUCGAAGUAUCGAAAACUUUUUACACAGAAUUAAAGGCGAAGAGGAGACUCGUAAGGAAAAUAUUGAAAAAGUACAAAUUAUAACGCCCAGUAAUAAUGAUCCAAUAUCCGAUGAAACAGCCGCUUUUAUUGAUUGUUGGAAGAAGAUUAUCACAAAAUCAGUAUUGGGUAGAGAUCCUGAACCUGAGGAUUUGUGUUCAACUGAUGUGACGAAAGGAAAAUCGACUGUUACGAGAAAAAAAGGAUCAACAGCGAAAAGAGAAAAUGAACGUAAAGUGAAUAGAAAAAAAAUGAAUAACUCAAAAAGACAAAAACGAGAAGAUAAUUCUUCCAAUAGAAAUGAAAAUUCGAAGGAAAGCGAAAAUUCACAUUCCGAUUCUUUAAACAAUAGUGAACAAUUAAGUAACUCUGAUUUUAAUAAUAUUGUUAUUGAGGAAUCUAAAGUAAGAUCUCGAUCGAAUUUGGGAAAUGUGAAAAAAAACGAAACGGAAUUAAUGGAUUAUAGACAAUAUUGUGAUUAUAUGCUGAGUAUUCAAAACACAGAUGAGAUGUCAGCUUCAAGUUCCAGGGAAUAUGAUAACAAUCAAUAUUAUUUUGAUUAUUUACAAAGGGAAUAUCAAUUAUUGGAACAACGACUCUCAAUGGGAAUUGCGCUACCAAAUGAUUCACAAUUUUCCCAUUCAUCUUCGAUUUCGAAUCAUCAAUUAAACACAGAUUCUUGUUUAAAAUCAAAAUCGAAAAAUUGGAAUUUCCCGUCUUUUAAGCAAUCUCAAUGUCCUCAGCACCAUCGUAGUACAUCUGCAGAGAAUUCUUCAGUUUACAAUUUUGUACCCGAAGAAAAUGUUAGUAUAGAAAUAAUAGAUUGCGAAGAACAUGAAUUCAAUCAACUUGCAAAUGAUCCAAAUGUCGUGCAACAGAAUUUAGAAGAUAUUUUUCUUGUUGUGAAGGACUCUGAAAAUGUUAGUAUAAAUUCAAGUACAAAUUAGUCUAUUGUCAAUUAUUAACUAUUAUUAUUAAUUUAUGUUUAAUAAUUAGUGAAGAAAUGUUUAAUACGAAAAUAAAUUUUUUAAUUGUGACUUUACUAAAGAAAAGCGAUUAUUGUAAGUACACUGGAAUCUAGAUCGGUGAGACUAAUCGGGGAUGGCUUCUCACCGAUCUAGCGGAUUAGUUGAGACUGAGAAGCAACACAAACAGGGCCGUACGAAGUAUUUUUUGUUUGCACCAUUCUUUUAAAAAAUAAUUCAUGUUAGAAAAUUAAUAUAAAUAACAAAAUAUUAUAAAACAUUAUACAAAAAUAAAAUGUAUUUAUAUUAAAAAGAAAAAAAAGUAAAUAAUGAUGAAGUUAUCAAAUAAAAUAAAUAGCAUCGGGCACUGAGAACCUUUUUCUUCUACAAUUAGGCACGGCAUUGAUCGACAUUUGAAAGUCCCCGCUAGCCCUCCACCUUUCCUCGCCUACAAACUAUAUAAACAGAGUCUCAACGAUCCCGAGCUCACCGAUCUAGAUUCCAGUGUAAUUUAGAAUUAAUUUUUUUGAUUUAUUCUUGUAUUCUUUAGUUUCUUUAACUGAAACUAAA